GUCGAGCAGUCUGUUUUUGAGUUUGUUUGAGAAGACGCCACUGAACCUGGGACCGCAUCAAACAUGUCGUCGACAACCGCAAUCAAAGCCAACAACGGCCAAGCGUCGGCAAGCGCGUCGGCCGGGCCUUUCCACCCUAGAUUGUCACUGAUAAAGAGGAUAUUGUACGGUCUGCAGGGAAUGAUUUUCAGCAACAUGUCGAGCGUUGUGGCGACCUUGAAAUCGGGCGUUGACAAGAUUUUCCCAAAACCAUACCACCCGACCUUGAUAAAAAAGUAUAAAUCACGGCCUGGGCUCCCGAUUCGGGUCUUCUUCCCCAAGGACUACGACCACGUCAACCCCCAAGGAAACCCCCUGCCAUGCUUUUUCUCCAUCCACGGUGGUGGGUACGUCAGUGGGUUCCCAGACCUCAAUGAUGAUUGGAACCACCACUUUAGCAACACCAACUCGGCUAUCGUGAUCGCCCUCAACUACCGAAAAGCCCCCAGACACCCGUACCCCAUCCCGAUCCACGAUGUUGCAGCCCUCAUCAUCACCGUGCUUGAAGACCAAAAAGACCUGGCUCGUCACAUCGACCCCAACCGCGUCGCUAUGGGCGGCUUCUCCGCCGGUGGCAGCCUUACCCUAGCCGUCAGCCAGCUACCCCAUAUCCGGUCCCGUAUCCAGGCCAUUGUACCCGUAUACCCAGCUUGCGAUUUCGCAACUCCGACCGACGUCAAGACACGGCUAAGAAGAUACAAACCGGAGCUGGGAGGAUUCCGAGCUCGCCGCAGCGACUACCUGUUAGGCAUGAUGGCUUGUUUCAACUGGAGCUACAUCCCCGUCGGACAUGACCUGACGGACCCGCUCCUCAGUGGAGAGCGUGUCCUCGCGUCUUCCCUACCAAAGCGCGUGUUUAUAAUCGCGGCCGAGAUGGACAUCCUUUCACAUGGCGCAUGGAGGUUGGCGUGCAGGUUGGCCGGGAAGCCGAUGCCCGGACAUGAUCAACAGGUUGGACGACCGGAGGUCAAGCCACCGCAGCGGCUCGUCCUGGACGACGAGGCAUACCACUGGAUACAAAAGACAGAAGAUGGGCGGGAGGUCAGGUGGUUGCUCGCGCCCGAUGCGGUGCAUGCAUUCGACAUGGAGGCCAAAAUGUUGGCGCCUUUCGACAAGGCUAUGAAGGCGGAUUGUAUAGCGAAGAGGAAUGAAGAGAUCGAUUUGAUUGGAAAAUGGCUUUGGGGCUAGAACUAGCAGAAAUCUUAGCCUAGACCCUGCAUCAGUUGUUGUUGGUAGUUCAAGGGUGGCGCUACUGUGGCUUGGCUUCACACGUGUGAAGUUUAUGUCCCAACCUAGGAAAACAACAGCAAGAGACUUUAAGUGUACAUUAAAAUGCAUAUGCAACGAUUCCGUUUCUAUAGCUACCUGGAAGAGAGGGCUUGAAAGCUAUAGCUUGUGAUAGGGAAUGGGACAAUGGGGAUGUUUGUCGAAAUGCUUUCUUGACGUUGCUUACUCCACUGUUGCAUUUUCCGUUGUUAAUCAUACACGAAAACAGGACAUUGUCCAAGCCUUGGGCAAGGCUUGCAAAACAAAGACCGGGACCAACAUCAUUGAUAGCCACCGCACUGAGGGUUUUUUGUAUUGUUCAGAUUCUGAAAAAGCCUGUCUAUAGAAAUAUCUGA